AUGAAGUUCCCUGUUUCAGGCCCGCAGGGUCAUGGGUAUCCUUCUACACAGCCAAGAAGAGCGAAGCGCCGGUUCGUAACAUCAAGUCGUGAGCUUCUUUCAGAGGCCAGGAACACAUUCCCAGACCGCAUUUUCCGUAUCAUGACAGAUUUAGGCGAAGUGAUGCUUCUCCCUCACCAGUUUGCCGAGGAGAUCAAAAACGACCACAGGUUUAGCUUCACGACUGCGUUCGAAAAGGAUUUCCAUGCUGGGAUCCCUGGCUUUGAGACCGCCGAGCUUGGCGGGCUUGAGAACGGGCUCUUACAGCUUAUUGCACGGAAGCAGUUGACGCGGAAUUUAGGCAAGUCUCAUACCGUCCCGAGUGCAAUGGGCGAACUUAGUACAGCUCUGUCCGAUGAGACGGCCAAUGCUUUAGCCAUCAACUUCGAAUCAUCCGGAAUGUGGACUGAAGUUGUAGCCAAAGACCGAGUACUCGAUAUAGUAGCCCGUGUGUCCUCCCGAAUCUACCUUGGAGAUGAGGUAUGCCGCAAUGCGCGAUGGCUAGCGAUCACCAAACUCUACACAACUCACUUCUUCACUGCGGCUACCAAGCUGCGCAUGUACCCACGCAUCGUCCGUCAUUUGGUCCACUGGUUUAUACCUGAGUGCAAGCUUCUCCGCUCGCAGUUCAACGAUGCCCAGAAGAUUCUACAACCAAUCGUCGACCGCCGCAAAGACCUACGGCGUGCCGCUGUAGCUACUUGUGAGCUGGUCCCUGAGUUUGACGACGCUCUGGGCUGGGUUGAACGAGAGGCCGCCGCCAAAUCUGUUGACUGCAAUCCCUCGAUUUUCCAGCUUCUGCUAUCAACAGUAUCUAUCAAUACCACAACCGAUCUUCUCGAGCAAUGCAUGCUUUACCUAGCACAAGAUCCGGGCAUCAUCAGUUCUCUCAGAGAGGAGAUCCACGAUGUCCUGCGCCACCACGGCUGGUCCAAAUCCUCGCUGUCCAACAUGAAGCUUCUGGAUAGCGUCAUCAAAGAGUCGCAACGUUUGAAGCCAACUAGUAUCGCGGCCAUGCGACGACUUGUUGAAGAAGACGUCACCCUCUCGAAUGGAGUUACUCUGAAGAGGGGCAUGCGAGUCUACGUGGAUGCUUCUCGAAUGUGGGAUCCCAAUCUGUACCAUCACCCAGAGCAGUGGGAUGGAUAUCGCUUUCUGAAGUUACGCUCCAUUCCAGGCAGGGAGAGGAUGGCCCAGUUGGCGAGCACCAGUCCAGACCAUCUCGCCUUCGGACAUGGGGAGCAUGCUUGUCCAGGACGAUUCCUGGCUAUCAGUGUUAUCAAGAUUGUCCUCUGCCACUUGCUACUCAAGUAUGAUUGGAUGCUCUCACCAGGCACGGAUGUCAAACCAGUGACAAACGGUAUACUUGCCGUUUCAAGCCCGACGGCCAGAUUGCUUAUCCGACGGCGUAGAGGAGCGGCGGCCGCCCCGGGUGUGAUUGAAUAA